AGGAGGGGACUAGCUCAGCAGUGAGGGAACGCGGUGGUAGUAACCUGGCUGCACAACCGUCAGGGGAAAAGGCAGGAGUUUUCUCACUAUGGCUGGAACAAAGACACUUCUGGUGCUGGAAAACUUCAUAGGUGGAAAAUUCUUACCUUGUAACUCUUAUAUAGAUUCUUAUGAUCCAUCCACAGGAGAGGUGUACAGCAGAGUGCCAGACAGUGGAAAAGAAGAGGUCGAGGCUGCGGUGGAGGCUGCCAGAGCCGCCUUCCCGGGCUGGUCGGCCAGGAGCCCGCAGGAGCGCUCGCAGGUGCUGCACCGCCUGGCGGACCUGCUGGAACAGUCCCUGGAGGAGCUGGCGCAGGCCGAAUCCAAGGACCAAGGGAAAACCAUUACCCUGGCAAGAACCAUGGACAUUCCCCGGUCUGUACAGAACUUCCGGUUCUUCGCCUCCUCCAUCCUGCACCACACCUCGGAGUGCACCCAGAUGGACCACAUGGGCUGUCUGCACUAUACCGUGCGGGCCCCUGUGGGGAUCGCUGGUCUGAUCAGUCCCUGGAAUUUGCCACUCUACUUGCUGACCUGGAAGAUCGCUCCGGCCAUUGCUGCCGGCAACACUGUGAUCGCCAAGCCCAGCGAGCUGACUUCAGUGACUGCGUGGAUGAUGUGCAAACUCCUGGAGAAAGCAGGUGUUCCACCCGGUGUGGUGAAUAUUGUGUUCGGAACAGGGCCCAGGGUAGGCGAGGCCCUGGUGUCCCAUCCAGAGGUGCCCCUCAUCUCCUUCACCGGGAGCCAGCCCACAGCCGAGCGGAUCACACAGCUGAGUGCUCCCCACUGCAAGAGGCUCUCCCUGGAGCUGGGGGGCAAGAACCCUGCCAUCAUCUUUGAGGAUGCCAACCUGGAGGAGUGCAUUCCCACCACGGUCAGGUCCAGCUUUGCCAACCAGGGUGAAAUCUGCCUCUGUACCAGCAGGAUCUUUGUCCAGAAGAGCAUCUAUAGUGAAUUUUUAAAGAGGUUUCUAGAAGCUACCAGACUAUGGAAAGUAGGCAUUCCCUCCGACCCAUCGGCCAGCAUGGGCGCUCUGAUAAGUAAAGCUCAUUUGGAGAAAGUCCGAAGUUACAUCAAGAAAGCUCGUGCUGAAGGGGCCCAGAUUCUGUGCGGUGAGGGAGUGGACAAGUUGAGUCUUCCCCCCAGGAAUCAGGGAGGCUAUUUUAUGCUUCCCACCGUGAUAACCGACAUUAAGGACGAGUCCUGCUGCAUGAAGGAAGAGAUAUUUGGUCCUGUGACGUGUGUUGUCCCCUUUGAUAGCGAAGAGGAAGUGAUUAAAAGAGCCAAUAGUGUCAAAUAUGGGUUGGCAGCGACCGUGUGGUCUAGCAACGUGGGGCGUAUCCACCGGGUGGCUAAGAAGUUGCAGUCAGGCUUGGUCUGGACCAAUUGCUGGCUCAUCAGGGAGCUGAACCUUCCUUUCGGGGGGAUGAAGAGUUCUGGAGUAGGUAGAGAAGGAGCCAAGGACUCUUAUGAAUUCUUCACAGAAGUCAAAACCAUCACCAUUAAACACUGACCUUGCCAGUGGAGAAGUUGUGUUGGUCAAUGCCUGGCUACAGACAAUCAGUGGUGCAAUUUGGUGAAUGGAAAUAGUGGCAGAAAUUCCAGCCAGGGCUUGACUCAGCUGAAGAUUAUCUCUCGCUUAUCUUCAGUAGUUAGUAUCUUUACCUGCGUGGUGAAGAGAUGCUGUCUAUUUUAAAGGUGAAGAAAAACAAUGUAAUACUUCUGCUUGGGGAGACACAAAAAGGAAGCCAAAGAAUUGUCCUCCUGUGUUGUGUGUUCAUAGCAUUUAAAAAAAAUUAUUUUGAUCCGAUUCUUGGAAAUUCACAGAUAAUCAGAUUUUUUUUUUUCAUUUGCAAGUGAGUAGUUAAAGGAAAGCUACAAAGCCAAA